AUGCUUAGCCCCGAAUACGAGAAACAGUUCCUGCGACACCGGACACCCACCGCCCGCAGCCUGUUCGGGUCAGGCGAAUCUUCCUCGUCCCACGACCGUUUCAUUCCCUGUCGCGCCAACAACAAGUGGACGACCAACUUUGCUUCGAUCACCACAAAAUCGAACGAAAACUCGCCCCAAUCGACGAAGAAACAGCGCGAUUGUGGUGAAAAUGCUAGAGACAGCCACGCGUACAGCUGCCUGCUGAAGAACGAGCUGCUAGGUACCGGGAUCGACGACGUAAAGCUGGUGGCGGACGAUAAAAACGGCAGUGGUGGAGGUGCCGGUGGUGGUGUAAACGGAAGUGGUGGCAGCGGGAGUGGAGGAAGCGGCGGAAGUGGUGGGCUGCACGCGAACAGCAACCGAACCGGCCUGUUCAAGUAUCAAUCACCCACGAAACAGGACUACAACGAACAGUGUCCCUACUCGCUGUCACCUGUGAGCAUCAAGAGCCAGAAGCUGCUACGAUCACCCCGCAAGGCAACACGCAAGAUCUCAAAGAUCCCGUUCAAAGUACUGGACGCACCCGAGCUGCAGGAUGACUUCUAUCUCAACCUGGUGGACUGGUCGGCGCAGAACGUGCUGGCCGUGGGUCUCGGUAGCUGCGUGUACCUUUGGAGUGCAUGUACGAGUCAGGUAACUAGGCUGUGCGACCUUAGCUCCGAUUCCAACACGAUCACGUCGGUAUCCUGGAGCGAACGAGGCCACCAGUUGGCGGUGGGAACGCAGCACGGAUACGUCACCGUUUGGGAUGUGGCCGCUAGCAAACAGGUGAACAAAUUGCAGGGCCACUCAGCCCGCGUAGGAGCGCUGGCCUGGAACGGGGACGUUCUAUCGAGCGGGUCUCGGGAUCGUCUGAUCAUGCAGCGGGACACACGCACACCGUCCCUGGUUCCGGAACGGCGGCUAGCCGGCCACCGUCAGGAGGUGUGCGGGCUCAAGUGGUCCCCGGACAACCAGUACCUGGCCAGCGGUGGUAACGACAACCGGCUGUACGUGUGGAAUCAACACUCAUCCUCGCCCGUCCACUCGUACUCGGAGCACAUGGCAGCGGUGAAAGCAAUCGCGUGGUCACCGCAUCAUCACGGACUGCUAGCGAGUGGUGGCGGCACUGCCGACCGAUGUAUCCGCUUCUGGAACACGCUCACCGGCCAACCGAUGCAGUGUGUCGAUACUGGGUCGCAGGUGUGCAACCUGGCCUGGUCGAAGCAUUCGUCCGAGCUCGUGUCCACACACGGCUACUCCCAGAAUCAGAUCCUGGUGUGGAAGUAUCCUUCGCUGACACAGGUGGCCAAGCUGACUGGCCACUCGUACCGUGUACUUUACCUCGCGUUAAGCCCGGACGGCGAGGCGAUCGUGACAGGGGCCGGCGACGAAACGCUGCGCUUCUGGAACGUGUUCAGCAAGGCGCGCUCACAGAAGGAAAAUAAGAGCGUUCUCAACUUGUUUACUAACAUUCGGUAAAACCGGACACCGGCAUGCUAAAUUGUUGCGAUCCAAUACGCACCCGACCGCAGAUCUCGGCACACUUUGUACAGGAAUCGGCUAUCACGCGUAUUGCCGACACGGGUCGAUUUUGGAUAAUCUAUUUUUCAUACUACUACUAUUAUUUUAUAGGGUAUUUUUCUCGUUUUAAGAAAUAUCUCAAACUCAUACGUGCAGCGGCGUAGGUUUGAUUAGCACAUUUUUAAAU